AUGCUUCUUGCUAAGCGCCUGGCUGAAUGUCCCGACAAUGAACUUAUCAACGAGCUAAGGGAAAUUAAGGUGUGGAACUAUGGCAAGUGUGAGCUUGGUCUCUGGGCUGACGUGCUUGAUCGCCUCGAUUCAAUUCUCGAAUCUGCUGUUACCAAAGUUGGCAAAUGGAUGCUCCGACUUGAUCUACCGGGUGAAGAAAAGCUUGUUUCCGACGUUGUCACCAUACUCGAGUUUACUGGACAUUUAAUCGAGCAUAGCAUCUACCGCUACCUCUAUGGAUCCUGGCCCCAUAUACUCUCACUCUUUGGAUCCUCAAAUUUGGAUGUUCUUUUGGCAGCGCUUGGUCUUGCAUAUAACUUCAGGUUAAACAUCCUCUAA